AUGACUAUUGCCCCAAUUCAAUGGCCUAAACUUGACUGUUCGGCCGAGUUCCGUAUACAGCCGUCCAAUCAAAAAUAUCAUCAUACAGUCAACCAAAGUUUCUGUUCCAAUUAUACCAUCCCCUCUGAGUACUGGGCCGAAUACGUUGUGGCGAACUUCCAUGAAUACAUCACUGAAUUCGGUUCCUUGUUCAAUUACGCGAAUCAGAAUCAGUCGCUGGGCAUUGAUAAUAUUGUCGCAGACUUCCCUGUCAAAUCAGCAAGCACAGUACCCGAUCUAGCGACUAUAUUCACCAAUGUCGGCGGUGUACUGGGGAUUAUCGGAAGCACUCUACCUCUGCUUGAUGAAGAGACUGACACCGCUUCGAGCAUGAUGGGUGUUAUGAGCGGGCUCUUUUCCACCGCUGGAUCUGACAUUUCCUCCAGCAGCGCGACCGAUACUGAAACAAUCACUCUGGAGAAGAAAGUUGAGGCUCUUUAUAGCCUGAUGUACACGGCUGUUCAGGAUAUCCUCAUUGACGUCUUCGAAACCGGCAAUAUCUCCUCCUGGCCCUCGGACCUGCGAACUGGUGACUACUCCUUUGAAGUCGCCAAUUUCUUCAAUGGCCGAUACAUGUUCUUGCUCACUGGUGAACAAGCCGAAUCCCUGGAGAGUACUUUCAACGCCUAUCUUCAACAGUACCUUGUCGGCUCCGCAUUGGUCUCGGCCAAUUAUUACGUUUUGAAGGGUGCCUACUCCACCAGUACCUGCUCCUCUAUCACCAGCGGGAAGGUGAUUGACGGUGCCUGUUAUACUCUUCAAUAUCCUGGUGCAGGGUGGGAACUGGUCAACCAGAUCAUGACGGAUCCGAUUAGCAGUGAUGAUCUGACCAAGCUGACGGAUACCUAUAAUGUUGACCUUGAGAGUCUCUAUACCAACUCAUACACUUGCCAGAACACCACCGGUACGUAUGGGGGCACACUCGAGGUGAAUAUUCUGGAGUUCUCUUCGUCUCUUCCGACCUGCUUCUAUAACCUUCCCGUCUUCACGGUCGAAACGUCUGAGGAGCCUAAGGUGAACAACUAUCUAUCUUCGCCAUGCCUGGUGUACGAGCAGAACCUGACUGCUAAGACAGCCGAACUGGGUGUGACCUGGUUGCCGAGCAACCUGGCUGACAUUUUUGUUAAGGACUUUUACCGAGAAGAAGAUCCAGGCAAGUCCUUUCUUUAUCUGGACAUGAUGGACGCCAUUCUACGGCAAGAACUGAGGCGAAUCAUCUCUAUAUAA